AUGGUAUCACGUUCAUCUGCCACUGCCAUUUGGAGACCAUCAGCUGGAGAUAUUGCUUGCAUGAUGGUUCUCGCGCUCCUAUCCUUCCUCGCUGCCAUUGACUCUACAAUUUUGCUCAUUACUCGCCAGCUACAUGGCACCACGAUCUAUGCAUUCUGGACUGGCACCUCCUACCUCAUGACUUCCGCGAUUGCACAGCCCUUUAUCUCGACGAUAUCCGAGCGAUUAGGCAUCCAUAUGAGAAUGAUCUGGUUUUCUGUCAGUGCGUUUGCUGCAGGCUCAAUCAUCUGUGCCCUGAGCCGGGACUUCAUUCCUCUGCUUGCUGGGCGAUCUUUACAAGGUUUGGGCGGUGGCGGCAUCAUCACGCUGGUCCAAAUCAUAUUUGCUCGACUCGUUCCUUUGAGAGAGCGACCUAAAUGGUUUUCUAUUGUUCUGACCACCUGGGCCGUCGGAAGUGUUGUUGGGCCAUUCCUCGGUAGUGUCUUGACAACGACCUCCACCUUUCACUGGAUAUUCUGGAUAAAUCUGCCUAUCUGUGGACUAGCGCUGGUCGUCAUACCGUUCACAAUUCCUUCUUUUCGACCAACGGCGCAAUGCUCCUGGUCAAAGGUAGACUGGGCAGGCGGAGCGAUAUUUUUCACAAGUUUAACCAGCGUUCUCCUUGGACUAUCUUGGGGAGGGGUGACUUUUCCAUGGACCAGUAAAUGGACUAUAUCCAGCGUCACACUUGGGUUUUGCGGAACGCUUCUAUUCGGUAUCUGGGAACAUAACUUCCCAAAGUUCCCUAUCUUCCGACCCUCCUUGUUCAAUACAGCUUCAAGAAUUGCGCUAUACUUCUGUUCCUUCUUACAGGGUCUUAUUCUAUUCUGUCUCUUAUACUACGUCCCGCUCUACUUUGCCUCUGCCCAGCAACAAACUCCGAUGGUGUCGAGUGCCUGUGUUCUGCCCCUUUCAUGUUCAUUACUACCGGGAGCCGCCAUCACAUCCCAAGUCAUCACCCGCACAGGUCACUAUAAAUGGAUCCUCGGCAUGGGUUGGAUUCUAACAAUUCUGGGCUCGGGCCUUCUUCUCCUCUUCGAAGAGGAUACCGGACCGACGGUAUGGAUUCUGAUCCUACUGAUCAUUGGAAUUGGUAAUGGGUGCCUUUUGAGUGCUCUAAACUAUCAUGUCCAGGCAACGACCGACCCAAGCAGCUCUGCUUCAGGGGCCAGUAUGUAUACAUUCUUUCGCAGCCUUGGAAUGUGUGUCGGUGUGACAGUUGGGGGAAACGUGUUUCAAAAUGUUAUGGCGCAUGUUCUGUCCAAAGCAGGCGUUUCAACAUCCAUUGCCAAAGAUGCUGAGGCUUUUAUCUAUGAGCUCACUCUUCUCGACAAUACAGAUACGAUGCUGCAAAAAAUAUUGCACGCCUAUGUUGGUGGACUUCAUGGUGUAUUCUAUAUGCUUCUGGGCGUCAGUAUACUCGGUCUCAUGGCAAACACAUACAUUUACGUAUAUAGCGUUUAG